AUGCAAGAAGCACUCACUUGCCCCCCAUCACCUGCGGUGUCUCCCAUUACACCUGCAACCUCUAUCAUGCGAAUAAGUGGAAGAGUGUAUCCUGGCAAGACCACUUACACUGACAACAAACAGACAACAAAUAGACAACAAAAGUACCAUGUUCCAACCAUGAAGAGUCACUUCUCAUCUCCACGGAGCCUUUUACCGACUGUGGGAACAAGCUUGUUGACCAUCAGUGUGUCCGGUAUGUCUUCUUCUACCGUGGAAGACGCCAUACGAACAAGGGGAGAUUCAGACAAGCUCGCAUCCGACACCUACCGAUAA